AUGUCUCUCGUCAGUGCUACUGUCACCGCUACCACUGCGCAUCGUUCACUUGAAGUGAGUCUCGCUGUUCACACCUCUUCUACCUCCUCCCCUUCGCGUCCGAGGGCCCAAUCCAUCCGUUGGGAUCCUAAAGUGGACCACCCACCCACUUCUUUGCCCGAAAACCAAGGAAGAAGCCGAAGAGGCUCUUAUCCUUCUCCUUACGCUAAUAAUCUCCGUUCGGGUCGAAGUCAUUCUUCAUCCGCUCCUCCUUCUCCUUCUUCACCCAUUCCUCCCUCUCCUUUCUCAUUUACUCCUCCUUCUCAUUCUGUUGAAUCCAGGAAUUCACCUUCUUUGUCCGGAAACAGUGGACGAAGAAGCGUCCCUAAAUCUUCUCCCAACAAUUUCUGUUCUUCUACUCGUUCAGCUGCUCCCCCUUCUCCUUCCGUUAAACGCAGGGAUCCACCCACCCCUUCGUCCAAAAACAAAGGACGAAAAUCUGUUCCCUGUCCUUCUCCUUUUCCUAACAACUUCCGUUUUUCUACUCGUUCUUCAUCUGCUCCCCUUUCUCCUUCCAUUCAAUUCAUGGAUUCUUCUCCCCCUUCUCCCCUUCUCACACCAGAGACGUCUGGACGUCUCUGUGCCCAAUACUUUUAUGCCUCCCUAGGGCCAUUACUCCCUUCUCCUCCCUCUUAUCCCCCCUGUUCUUCUCCCAAUCAAAACCCUCUUAGUCUCCCCCUCGACCAAUUCAUCUCUCACCUCAUCUCCCGAACCCAUUUCCCCUUCUCCAUCCUCCCCUGCACGCUCAUCCUCGUGCGCAACCUGCGUAAAUCACUUGACGCCGACACGAAGCGAAAUAAACAUUCCGCAUGUGUGAUCGACCCACACAAGUUAUGGGUUGGCCUGUCCAUCGCCGCUGCGCAGGCGCAUUGUCCUUACAUCUCUGAUGUGAAGGAUUUGCGGUGUUGGACCGCGGUGACGGGGAUCCCGAUGAAGGAUAUGGGGAGUGUUGCGAGGGCGUAUAUGGUUGUUAUGGGGCGAAAUGCGGUUUUUGAUGCAAGAGAGGUUGAAAGGAUGACGGAGAAAUUGAUUGGAAUGGUGGGCGAGAGUAAUGCUGACUCUACGCCAGGGCGAGGUCAAGCGACGGGGAAGAAAUUGUGGUCCUUUGUUAGGAGAACGUCGGUGAAACACUCUGCAUGAUGUUUGUGGCGCGUUUUCUUGCUCGAUUUCUUCAUACUUUUGCACGUCUUGUUUCUAUUUGCUUGCUACGAAUCGAUUGCAUCGUGUUUCUGUUCCUUGCUUGAGCGCGUUCUCACUCCAUCUCUUGCUACAUUUCCGCGUUUUGUUUUAAUGAUCUACUUUGUUACGAAUCGAUUGCUCCGCGUUU